AUGUCCACCAAGGUUAUCGUCAUCGGCGCAGGUAUUGCAGGGCCCGUCCUUGCGACCUUCCUCAAGCUCAAAGGUUAUGAGCCGGUUAUUUAUGAGCGGUCGCCGGCAUUUGUUGAGAAUGGCCUGGCUCAUGCGCUGCAGCCGAACGGCCUUCGAGUCCUGGGUCUACUUCCGGGCGUGGUCGAGAGACUCAAAGGUUUUGAAAUACAGAAGAUCAUGCAGAUCUCCGCAAUGGAGGGACACGAGCAGGUCCUCGGACAAGUCGACACUUCUUACCUCAAGGGGCAGAUCGGAUUCUCCAUCACGGGUGUCCAGCGUGCCACGCUGCACAAGCUGCUCCUCACUGUCGCUGAGGAGCAUGGCGUCAAGGUUAAUUGGGGGCACCAUGCAAUCUCCUUCAAGCAAAGCGAGAACGAGGUUCAGGUCACGUUCGAGAACGGGCACAAGGACACGGCAAGCUUGGUGGUUGGAUGCGACGGCUUGCACAGUGACACGCGCAUUGCUCUUUUUGGAAACGACAAACCCGAAUUUACAGGCCAGGUGCAGAUAGGAGGCUUCGCGCCGUCUUCGGUCGCCUUCGAGCGUAAUGCGCUCCUGAGUAUAUUUCACGACGGAAUGCAUAUGCUCACUCACGCAUUCGAUGAGCACCAACAUGUGUGGAUUGUCACGAUGCGAGAGGCAGAGUGUAAGGAAGACCGCGGGGAUAGAGAUGCGAAGACGGUAGAGGAGACGAGGCGCGGACCCUUGUCAAAGUGGUCUUUUGGAGCGGGAGAUCUUGUCAAGAAUGCCACCAAGAUCACCAAGUACGGGCUAUACGAUCGACCCGAGCUCAAGACCUGGCACAAGGGAAGAGUUGUUCUUCUGGGAGAUGCCGCCCAUCCCACCAGUCCCCAUCUCGGACAGGGAGCAAGUCAGUCUUUUGAGGAUAUAUACCACCUCAUCCGCGUUCUCCUCAAGUACAAUCCAGACGCGAGUUCUCCGUCGACAGACACGUUGCACAAGGCUUUCACGGAGUACGAGAUUAUCCGUGUUCCUGCGAGCACGAGGAUCGUCAAAGGUGCGCGAGAGCAGGGUGAGAUCAGAGCAGUUGAAGGUCUCGAGCGCGGUCUCGCACGCAACAGGAAGGUGCAGGAGGAUUGGAAGGACGAGGAGGUUACCAAGCAGCGGAUGCUGUCUACUCUGUCGGGGUCGUUCAAGAAGAGCGAGAUCUAA